AUGGACCCACAUGAUACAACGACGAUUUUAGCCCCAGUUCCACAGGACACCGAAUAUUUCUCCAUUCUAGACAACUCUCUGAUGAGAGCCAGAGCUAUCAUUCAACUGGUGAGCGGGGCGGUGUCGCUCCUGGGACUUGGCGCCAAUAUCGUGAACGUUGUCGUGUUCACCAGGCAAGGCUUCAGUGAGAGUAUCAACGUCUCUCUGCUAGGACUGGCCGUCUCCGAUAUGCUCACGCUUGUCAAUAUGUUCCCUUUCACGCUAAUAUCCUGGUUCGAGUGGACUGACAGCUGGGCGUGGUACGCGUUUGCCUUCAACAGUUCCUGGAUCGCCGUGUUCAUCUCCGUGGAGAGAUGUCUGUGCGUCAAGGUACCAAUGAAAGUCAAAGACAUCAUCACGCCAAAAGUCGCGGCUGUUGUCAUCAUACUUAUGUUCCUCCUCACUCUGACUAGCAUCGUCCCUUCAUUCAUUGCUUUCGAAGCCAAAAGGUCUUGGGAUCCUUCAAGGAACAAAACAGUAUUUAAACUCGUGCCGAAAGAGAACAAGGUUUUGCUGGAGUUCAUCACGUACUGCAUGCUAGCGUUCAUGCAAAACGGCUCUUUCAUUUGCCUCUUAUUCUCCACCGCCAUCUUGAUCUUCACCUUGAAACAGAAAUCUGAUUGGAGGUUGCAGGCGACGGUGACGAAAUCGGUAGCAUCUGUUGCAGCUCUCAGACGCGACAACCAGGUGGUGAAAAUGGUGAUUCUCGUCUCAACCAUAAUUGUGUUGAGCUAUCUUCCCGGACAAUGUCUAUCGCUCGCUGCAAUGAUCGUCCCCGACUCGUUCUACGCUAAACUUCCCAGACAUAUGUUCAAAUUUCUGUGGGCUGUUGCCUUCAGCCAAUACGCCGUCAAUGCUAGCAUCAAUAUCUUCAUUUACUACAACAUGAGUUCUAAAUAUAAGGCUACCCUUCUCGCUAUUGUGAAAGAAUGGGGAGUAUCCGGAUAG